GAUGACUACGCCAGUGAAGGUCUAUUAUAGCCAGACGACGCAGACGGACAUCCGACCCCUAAUUGGAACAAGUCUAAGAAGGAGGCGUGUGAUGACUAAAGAUGGUCGGAGCAAUGUGCGUAUAGAUCAUAUCGCCGAUAAGAGCUUUCUCUACCUCAAAGACCUGUGGACAACUUUUAUUGACAUGCAGUGGCGUUAUAAGUUGCUCCUAUUUUCGGCAACAUUUGCAGGAACCUGGUUUGUUUUUGGUGUAAUUUGGUACUUGGUGGCUCUAAUACAUGGAGAUCUCCUGGAAUUCAAUGCUCCGGCAAAUCACACACCAUGUGUCAUGCAAGUCCACACUUUAACCGGUGCAUUUCUUUUCUCUCUAGAGUCUCAAACCACCAUAGGUUAUGGUUUUCGCUACAUUAGCGAAGAAUGUCCUCUUGCAAUAAUUCUGCUUAUUACUCAGCUGGUCCUCACCACCAUUAUGGAAAUAUUCAUCACUGGAACAUUUCUGGCAAAAAUUGCUCGUCCCAAGAAAAGAGGGAUGACCAUUAAAUUCAGUCAGAGUGCUGUGGUAGCUCAGCAUGAUGGCAAGUUAUGUCUCAUGAUUCGGGUGGCAAACAUGAGGAAAAGUCUAAUGAUUGGUUGUCAAGUAUCGGGAAAGCUCCUCAAGACACACUUAACUAAGGAAGGUGAGAAUGUACAUCUGAAUCAAAUCAAUGUAAACUUUAAUGUUGACACAUCCUCUGAUAGCCCUUUUCUAAUACUACCACUCACUUACUAUCAUGUGAUCGAUGAUGCUAGCCCACUGAAAGAUGUAGCAAUUCGUUCUGGAGAAGGGGACUUUGAGCUGGUAGUCAUUCUCAGCGGAACAGUGGAAUCCACAAGUGCCACCUGUCAGGUGCGCACUUCAUAUCUCCCAGAAGAGAUACUUUGGGGUUAUGAGUUCAGCCCAGUACUUUCUCUGUCUUCUAGUGGGAAGUAUGUGGCUGAUUUCAGCCUCUUUGACCAGGUUCUCAAGGUGUCACCACCAUGCUGCUUUCAUGAAACUGUUCGAUAUGGGGAUCAAGAAAAACUGAAACUGGAAGAGUCACUCAAAGAGAAGACGGAGAAGGAUGGAAGUCCCUUGAGUGUUAGGAUUAGCAACGUUUGAUACAGGGAAUGACUGGACAUGGAAAUGAAGCAUCGAAACUCUACUGUAGAUACUUGGCCAUUCUUGCCAGGUUUCCAAUGCACUGCCUUAUGUUCUAAAAACACAAAUAGAAAACUCUUAGCAAACCCACCAUAUGAAUGUUUCUGAAACACUUCACUUGUACUGUAGUGAGAUUUAAAAAAGGGCAUUUAUAUCUAGAGAGGAACAGGUGUAAGUAGUGUAGAUAGAAUACAUUAUUUAAAAUAUAGCAAGACAAAUGGACCCUAUGGAUUAGUGGAUUCUCUAUUGUUAGCAGGUACCAUAUAUUUUUAUAAUCUACAUUUUACCACAUUUACUGCGUAGAGUGAAAUAGCAAUCCGCAAUUUCUGAGCUAUACAUUUUGAUAUUAAAACAAAGAAACAAACACCAUAACCAGUGCAUAUAAUAUGUUUAAGAGAAACUCUAUGGCUAAUGGUGGUUGACUAUGGCUCCAGGAGGGUACCUCAUGAAAAAAAAGAUAUAAAACAAUACUGUUAAAAGUGAAACAAGGAGGGAAAAUAACAUAUGAAAGAGGUGUUGACUUUCUUUGGUCAGUGUCACAUCAAUGGGAAUUGAUGGUCAUAUUAGCAGAACGCCCAACAAUUGCAAACUGUAGGUGUCCUAGAUGCACCAGUAUGAAGAAGUGAAAUUUAUCCCACAGUAGUUACAAAUCACUCAGUUGUGCAUCGGCCAGGUAAGUUCCCAUAAAAACCUUUCACUAGAUAUUUCAUCCUGAUUCCUGUAUUUGGAAGGACACCCUUACCUGAUCUUGCAGGAUCACAGUCACACAGCAGGAACUGAAAUUACGUUAUGCUUGUUACAGAUGUUUGUACCAUUUUGCACAACGAAUGGUUACAGGAAAAAGAACAUAAACUAAAAUGAAAACGGAAAAGACAUUUUCAUGAAACACCCUUUGAAAUAGGUUAUUCAGAAAAAUUGAGGAGUUUACAAAUCAAAGGAUAACAUGCAUAUUUUCUUAAAUCUAUUUAUACUAAUGCAGCACAUUAAAUAUGAAUGUAAACAAUACUCUAACUCUAAUUCAAUACUCGAAGUCUCUUCUUACAUAAACUGAACUAUUUCAAAAGUAAAGGGAACUGUAUACGAUGUCAUACCAGCUCCCAGACAAUGCUAUUGAGAAUAUAUUUCAGAGCACAACAUGGAAAUCUGAAAAUCUGUCAGCCAAUACACAAACACACCUACAAAAUCUAUAACUGGAUAUCAAAAGACCUGUUUGGUGCUGUCGUCUUGCACCACAUAUCCAGGAUAAACUCUUGUAGGCUAAACAAAAUAUAUUAGGCAAAUUAUGAAAAUGUCUGUGUGUAAUUUUUUUGUUCUUACGAUGUAUGUAAAUAACAAACAAUUACAAUUGGAAUCAAUUUGGCAUACAUUAAGGCCAGCAGAGAUUAGUGAAAGAGGAAGAAACAUCACAACAGAUGAAAGGCCCUAUUGUCCACGUCCAAGUAAUCAGAACAUCUGUUUUUUUAUGGAAAAGAAAGAAAAAGGAGAAGUAUCAAUGCGUGACAAUACUAUGAAACCUGGCAAAUUUCACAUAUAGGAAACAAAUGGAAACAAACUUUAAGUGAAAUGAACAAUCUGUGCAUUGUUAUGGUGCUUGGAGUUAAACUUGACUAUAAUGACCUUCCUGGCCCUUCUGUCUUCUUCUCUGGCCCGGCUUCGAUGAGGAAGUCUUUCACUGGGAGCAGCUGAUAGGAUUACAGAGUCUAAUGUAUUUUUCUCAAUGGGAGCCCAGUGACAGACUUAAAGUGUCAACUGAUGUAUUUAGCCCACCGCUGUCACCUAGUGAUAAGGCUUUCUUAUUCAGUCAGAUCAGGAGAACUUGUGCAACCAGGACUACUUUGGAGUUAAACCAUUUUUAAACAGUUUAAUCCGUUAAGACAAGACUGCCUUGGACAUCCAGGCACCAUAUCAACUUCAUUGAGACAAUGUUAUGGUACCUGGAGUGUCCCUUUUAACAGUGUGUCCUUACUUGGAUUAUAAGGUAGACUAUUAUGUAUGUUCCAUGGUUUCAUCAAUUGACAAGGAAGACUGAGAAAGAACCAAGCAAAAUGCAAAGUAGAAAGUAAAGCUAUGUAAAUAUAACUCCAAUAUGAUGCAUUUUUUGUUAGAAUUUUCUUCAAGGUACAAAGUUAGCUAAAGUCUAAACAUUUAUACAUUCUCUGCAUAUUAACUCCAGUGGUUUAUGGUAGUUUACUGUCAAGGCACCAGCUUGAUGAUGAUGAUGAUGAGUGCAAUCAGUUGGAUGAUGGAUAGAAAGAUAGAUAGAUAGACAGAUAGAUAGAUAGAUGGAUAGAUAGAUAGUGAGAAGGAGAAGACUACAAUAUGAGAGAGUGACAGAAGAGGACUCCUAUAGAUCUGUCUGGCCAGUAUGGAGGUAGUGGUGUUCAGCAAUGGUGGAUUCUUUGUUUGACUAAAAGGGAGUAAAUUGGAUCUGAAAAGGCAAAACAAACUAAGCAAUGGUUGUUAGAGGGAUGUGGUUGGUGAACUUCUAAAUGGUUUUGAGUGCAAAAAAAAAAAACUUGGUCCCUAAUGCUGAUAUGGAACCAAUGUGAAUGUAGCACUAAUACAAAGAGACAUUGAAACGUAGGGAUAUGGCAGCACAAUGUGUUAUGGCAAAAGGCAGAUAACCGUAGAGCGGAGAUGGUUAAAGUCAUCAUGGGAAAUGUAAAACUGAUUUUUAGAUUAUUCUUACAGCCUCUCUAAUAUUUAGAGUCAUUAAGCAUGAGUCAUGUACAGACGUUGGUGGUUUAUAUUAACAGUGUGUAUAAGUAGACUGUACAGGCCUUUCCAAAUCUCCUGUAACCUUUCUCAAGAAUGAAAUCAAGGCAGUUGGGACCAAGAAAGAAUUAUUAACGGACAAUGUAGACCCUUGACCACACAAGCAGGCCUAAGGUAUGAAUAAUGCACAGGUAAGAUUGGAGGGAUAUUAUAGUUAUUAUUUAUAAGGCGUUAACAAAUUCAGCAGCACUGUACAAUAGGUGGACUAACAAAACGAGUAGAUCCAACAAGACAUGUUAGACAGGAACAAAAGCUGCUGAAUGAUCUUUACGGAAAUUACAUCUAAUGGAAAAGUAAGUUGGUAGAAGCGUUUACAAUGAAGGCUUAGUUUAUUAGAUUGACGCAGUCAUAGGAAAGAAGGUUUAAUGAACUGUGAGGAGAGAAAGAUGUUAAGAGUUUAAUUGAUAUGACUUCUUGAAACAAUUAGGUUUUCAGUGAUUUUCUUUUGUUUUGUUUUUUUAGUAAAGGAGACUGGAUCGGAGUCUAAUGAAGCAGGGAUAGGAGUUCCAAGGGGAGUGGUGUAGUCCUAGAAAAGUCGUUAAGGAUUGAGACAGACAUGCGAGUAUAAAAAAAGGAUAGACAUAGGUCAUUGCAGAGGGUUAGACAGCAGCAGUGUUAUGAAACAGAUUUGUAUGUCAGCAUCAGAAUUUUAACUUGAGCCCUUUGGGAAGCCAAUUUAAUGACUGACAGUGAGGGGAGACAUGGGAGGUACGGGAGGACAGGAAGAGGAGCCUUGCCACAUCAUUCAUCAUAGAGUGUGGUGGGGCAAGCGGAGAGCAUGUAAGACAAGUGAGACGUGAAUUGCAGUCGUCAACGCAGGAGACGAUGGUGACAUGGAUGAGCACCUUAGCCAUAUCUGGUGUUAGGUAGGGGCUAAGGUCGUGGGCUAUGUUUUUGAGAGAGAAGCAACAUGAUUUGGCAUUGAAUGGAUGUGAGGGGUGAAGGAGAGAUUGGAAUCAAAGAGAACACUAAGGCGGCAAGCCUCCGAGGUAGACCUGUUGGUAGUUUCGUUGGCCCGGAGGGAAGCGGACACUGGAAUAGCUGUGUUUAAAGGCGGAAAAUAGAUAGUAUACAUGUUUUCAUAAAUGCAGGCUGUGCCAUAAACAAAUACACUUUCCUCAGAGCAUACUUAUAAAGUUACAUUACUUUUUCAGCCAUAUGAAUACAAGAAAUGACUGUACCCCAUUAAUUUUCAGUGUGUGCCUUGCACGGAGAUAUUGGUACAUAAUGUUCCAUUUACAGUAGAACUGUUGAACAAGCAUUGUGCCUCACUGUAAUUGAGAAAUAAAUGAGAGCGCUAAGAGGUGUACCACACAUAACAAAAGAGUCAUAGAAUAGAGGGGAUAAUCAUCUGGAUUUAGUGAAUAAAUGGCAACAUCCCUCUGUACGAAUUUUAUGUUGAGAAAUAAAAUGAGUGUAGAAUUGUGUACUUAUUUAAUCUUUUUUUUAUGCUACUUAUGCCACUGCAAAUGAUCAAUAAAUAAAAGGGUUAUGACUUAGGCAUAUUAAAACAAUAAACGUAAUAAAAUUGGCACAGAAAGUGCCUUGAUCUGUAAAUAGCAUGCAAUUUGUCACCAUAAAAAGUGAAUCCAAUAUUUGUACUGCUUAAAAGGCACACAUGAAACAUUAAGAUGCAAAUAUCACAUAAUUCUCAAUUUCUCAG